AUGGCUGCCGGCAGGGAUCACGCAUACCGGAAUAAGGGUGGUCACGACGCGAGAGCAGAGGCCGAUCGGAAACAUGGAGACGAAGGCGUACCCGGCGCCGAAAGAAGACGCCACGUCGGAAACGAGCGGGGAACCGACGCUAGGCUCAACGCUGAACUAGAAGAGACUCGGACCAUUGCGGAGGAAGGUGAUCGCCAUUCGGAUAGCUCCUCAGACAGGCCACGUGGCAGGGACAGAGGCCAUACUAGAGAUUCAGGCCAUCGGAGGGACGGUCGCUCGAAGGCUGAAGGUGCCGAGUCGAGGUCGCCCAGGCGGUACAGCCGUCAGGGGGCCCCCACAACAGAAAGAGCGCGUGACGAACCCGGCCACGACUACGACGCCAACGUCGCCGAUAACGAAGAAAGGCCACCUUCCAGGAGCAAGGAGAAAGCGCACAAGCCAGUGGCGACCAGGAGAGAAACAAGGCGCUUGAAUAUCGAAAAGUAUGAGCGUGAGAACCUCCACAAUCGUCCGAGACCAGAGCCUGGGGCUCGAAAGUCAAAGCGGAAAGAGCCCUCUACUGGACCUCCUGGACGAGAAGGGAACGCCGAAAAAGCGGUGGACGACGCUCGUGAAUCUGGUAACCGCAAAGAUCGCGAGGUAAACGCUUUGACGAAGCUAAUGAAGGCCGCUGCCGAGCGGAGGCUGCUGCCUCCGGAGUCUACGAAAGAUUUAGGUCCCGCAAAGCAGAUGGCAGAAGAGAAAGGCCCAGACAAGACGCCCGUGGCCGUUGCCGAGGAAACGUUGGAAGACGAAGAUAAGUACUCGACGGGCUCGGAGGACUAUUACGAGGAGGUUACCGAAGAAGUCGUAGAGCCUGACCCUUACGAUUGGCGCCAAGGACGCGGCGGACUUGUAACGCGUCGCACGACGCGUUCCACUACGAAAAAGCGAAAGUACGGCAAGCCGGGCGCACGCAAGUCGGGCGAACAGCCCAGUUCGAAACAUACGCCAACCACCGCUAGCGAGAAGAAACAGCGCGAUGACGAGAUUGACGCCGAAAAGAAGAAUGGGACCACGACCAGCGAAGCGGACGAGUUAUUCCCGCCAGCGCAAGACACCGACGAUAAGGAGACAGGUACAUGUCCCUGUUGCGGAUCCUGCUGGCCUAGCCACAUGGAUGAGUCGAGGAUGAAGGCGACUCAAGGACAGAGCAAAACAUGGCGACGUCGCAUGCGCCGUGGUGACGAAGGUCCCGCCGGAGACGAAUGGUACGAGGUACGUAAUUUCGGUCCAAAGCAGACCUCACGCCCGUCCAAGCGAAGAACCGAGAUGACCGACACCACCGGCAGAGGUUUGCAAGGAGGCGUGCAGUUUGCAGACCGAAUGCCCUAUCCGUACGCCUUUUCGUCAGCCACUCCACCCCCGUACUCCGCGCAGCAACUAUAUCCCCCGGGAGCGCAGGGGCCAGACGUCUACUACAACGCCUAUCAACCAAACCUACAGGGACCCUACCAGAGACCCCCGUUGUGCCCAGGGCCGGCGGCUUUUCCACAGGCGUACCCGAUGCCACCCGCGGCGAUGGGAUCGUACGGUGCAGCUGUUCAGGCAAACUCUACGACGGCGUUUCCCGCGGCUACCGGCGGCUGCGCCACGUGCCACGCGCAAGCACUCUUGGGCCAGCUGUCGCUCGGCGGCGGUCAGCCGGUACCGACCAUGAGCGUGGAGGACUUCCUACGCCGCGAGCGGCGCGUGCGGCAAGAAGAGAGGCUGCGCCUGGAGGAGAAGCAGCUGCGCGAAGAGAAACUGCGACGCGAGGAGCGCGUGCGCCAGGAAGAGCGGUUGCGGCGCGAGGAACGGGCUCGCAAGGAAGAGCGAAGGCGGCGAGAGCUCGAAGAGGAGCGCUUGCGCCAGGAAGAACGGUUGCGCAUCGAGGAACGCAUCCGCGAGGAACAGCGGCUUUCGUUGGAAGCCCGCCUCGAGGAGCAACGCAGGGAGCGCAUCGAGAGGCAGCGGCGCGAGAGAAUCGAAGAACAGCGCCGCUACAACGACAGUCUGCGGCGGGCACUGGCCGAGAUGAGGAUGGCCACCGAUCGCGGUGCUGGGGCGGCCCCUCCCCCCAGUAGCUUCCUCGACGAAGUCUUGAUCAGGGGCCGUCUAAGACCGGUGCCCAGCUCGGUUCUUAGUAGAGCGGGCUCGCUGGACAGGCUUAGGGCCUCCGCACUGCGAGAUCCCAGGGAUUCGGAGCGACCUACAGCGUCCAUUCGAGGCAUCAGUCGCCCGGCCCGCUGGGAUGACGUGCACCGUUACACCGAGAAGACCAGAGAUCCGCGGGACAACUGGGGACCUCCUUCCCGUGGUGGUGGAAGGUUCCGCUAA